ACAAAGCAAUAUGUCUGCAUUUUCUCUCGGCUUCAAGUCAUAUGUUUGAUAAAUCUUUUCAUUGCUUCUGAAGGCGUCACAGACCAUUUGAAGGUCUGUUUCACACUUGGAAUAAUGGUGAAGACAAUUUCAAUGUCCAACACGAAGAGGAUAUUCUUCUGUAUUUUGGGCAUCUCGUCUACGUUUUUCUCUGCAACUCUUUUCCUUGCGUUGUUGUCGAUGUUCCGACCACCUUUUAACGCGGUAAAUGUUGCUACAGGCACGAACGUAAGCGAAAGGUACGAUGAAGCCCCUUUUCUGAAAGAUGUAUAUUAUUAAGCAAAAUUUUAAUUUAACUGGGAAAAUUGAAAGAGGGUUAUUGAACGGGCGCUUUAUUGAGAUGACGAUGACGUCAUCAUGCGUGACAAACGAACCCCAAAGGACGUCUGCGGGGAGGCUACCCUUUUCGCUGAACAGCUCAAAGUCACGGCGAGUUGAAAGGAAAUAUUUUAAUGUAGAAUACUCUGCUAUAUUGAGUAGACCUAGUGUGGUCAAUCAAUAAAAACCGAUAUAAUUGGAAAACCAAUUGAUAAAUCGAUAACUGGUAUCAAUCAACUGGUAUUAAUGUUAUCGAUCAAUCAAUAGAAUUUGAUGUUCACACUCUAAGAAGUGCUACUUUCAUAACUUUUAUUGUUUGUAUUGGAUUUAUUCAUUGUUGGACAAUUGAUUGAAAUAACUUGAGUACUUUAUUAGUUGACCAAGUAGGGAGUAGAGUGUACAUUCUUAACAGCCAUCACAUGAGUCAUUUGAACCCUCCUUCUGUUUUUCCUGGCUUUGGCUAUGAUAUGGACACCUCUAUAGUGCGGACAGUUUUCUUGGUUCGAAGGUUACUAAACUUCAUAUCGUUCCUUCCUUGAUAAUGUGGACACUUCUGUUAUAUAGAGUGGGGUACCUGUGUUAACUGUACAACAUGGAUUAUGGUUUCCAGGAUAAUCAAAAUAGAAAGUAUCAAAGGCCUAAAAUUUUGUGGUUUUUAUUAAAAAAAAAACAAAAAAAAAACAGGCAAAUUGACAUGUAUGACUUUCCUGUGACUGAUUGCACUCAGGAAUUACUGUCAUUCUCAGGAAACUGUGAACACCUGAAACAUUUUAGGACUGUUGAUUGUGUAUUGGCCAAUUACAAUUAAGUUCGGGAUACACAAGCAAGCCUCAAAACCACAAACUAAUUACCGUUGCUGUUUGCGGUUUAGUUAUCACACGCCUUAUUGGCUAAUUUCUCGCAACACAAUAACAUUCGAUAAAUAUUUCUGGUGUUCAUGGUUUUGUGAGUUUCACAGUAAAUGGUAGCACAUACUUUACUUCCAUCAUUUGAAAAUCUGCCAAGAAAGAUUGUCGACAUCACACUUCUCCUCUCUAUUAAAUUUGAAUGUCGCAGAUAUUCCACUGUAAACAGCAAAAUUGCCGCCUGUCAGCUUAUUUUGACUGGGUUGAUGACACAGUCUUUAUAUUCUUUUCUGCAGUUAUGAACUACAUUUCCCAAGUGAUCUUGAAGACCUUAAAUCUCUAGCAGUCCUUCUGAAGCAAUACAGAAAAGACAAUUUUGGCUAUGUUGUUUCACUGUUCUGCAGUGCGUACCUGUAUAAGCAGACAUUUGCCAUUCCAGGAUCAGUAUUUAUGGUAAGUGUGCCUGAAACUUUAACAGAUAAGAUUUUUGAAACAUGAGGUGCCCCUGUAGACCAGUAAUGAUGUAAGUUAACAGUGCGAGAGUGUUGGUGUUGUUUGAUAUACAGCCAUUGAGAAGAGUGCUGUAUUAAAGUUAAAUGUGGGCGACUGGAAGAGCCCGCAAUCCUAAUCUCCAGGUUGUUAUUGCGAAUGCAUCACAUGUAUGUAGCCAGCAUUCAUUUGGAGUGCACAGAAUGCAAUUUCAUCACACGCGUUUCAAUCUUCUACCCCUCAUAAUUUGAUCACACUUGUUUUGACCAUCUGUCACGUGAAACCUAGGCAAAGCACAGCUUUGGAGCAAAAGCAUUUUGACCUUUGAUGAUUGUCGCCCGAACUCCAUAACCUUUGGUUAUUACUAGUCAUUUUCCUAUACGAACACAGCUAAAAUGAACCUCUCACUAGCAACCACCCAAAAUGCCAUUAUUUGUUGGUUGCUUAUGAAAGGUGAUUUUUGCUCAGGGGAGUGGCUGUUGUGCUUUGAUGGGAAAACUGUUUUAGGUUGUUUGGAUAAUUGUUGCCUUUAAGAGCUUGGCCAUAGCUAGCAUGAAGAAGUUAAGAUGAGGCAAGCUAGCCUUAAAUCAAAAAUUAUUUGCUAAGCAAAGAUGGUGAAUUUACUUAUUGGCACUGUCAGGAGUUUUUUUGCCUCUCACUUCAGUCUAUGACUAUGCUAUUGACCAUGGUAAAUCCUCUAUUAACCCCCCCUCCCUCUAAAAUAAGCCCCCUCCCUCUAAUAAGCUCCCCCUCCCCUCCCCUAAUUAUUCUUCACUAAUAAAUGAUAGACUGUAUUAAUCAAUCACAAC